AGCUGUGGGUCCAGUCCUGAGGUCACCAGAGGAGGCCCUGCUGGUCCAACCUGGAAGAAUGGCUGGGGGUCUGGCUGUGAGCAACUCAAGCCCAGGAAACUAUGCCCCAGACGUCCGUGGUCUUCUCCAGCAUCCUCGGGCCCAGCUGUAGUGGACAGGUGCAGCCCGGCAUGGGGGAGCGAGGAGGUGGGGCCGGCAGCUCCGGGGACCUCAUCUUCCAAGACGGACGUCUCAUCUCCGGGUCCCUGGAGGCCUUGAUGGAGCACUUGGUCCCCACAGUGGACUAUUACCCCGACAGGACGUACAUCUUCACGUUUCUCUUGAGCUCCCGGGUCUUCGUCCCCCCUCAUGACCUGCUGGCCCGCGUGGGGCAGAUCUGCCUGGAGCAGAGGCAGCAGCUGGAGGCCGGAUCUGAUAAGGCCAGGCUGAAGUCCUUCUCAGCCAAGAUCGUGCAGCUACUGAAGGAGUGGACAGAGGCCUUCCCCUACGACUUCCAGGACGAGAAGGCCAUGGCCGAACUGAAAGCCAUCACCCACCGGGUCACCCAGUGUGAUGAGGAGAAUGGCACGGUGAAGAAGGCCAUCGCCCAAAUGACGCAGAGCCUGCUGCUGUCCCUGGCUGCCCGGAGCCAGCUUCAGGAGCUGCGCGAGAAGCUCCGCUCACCGGCCAUGGACAAAGGGCCCAUCCUCAAGGCCAAGCCGCCAGCCGCGCAGAAGGACAUCCUGGGCGUGUGCUGUGACCCCCUGGUGUUGGCCCAGCAGCUGACUCACAUCGAGCUGGAGAGGGUCAGCAGCAUCCACCCUGAGGACCUGAUGCAGAUCGUCAGCCACGUGGACUCUCGGGACAAGCACAGGUGCCGAGGGGACCUGAUUAAGACCUACAGCCUGGAGGCCUACGACAACUGGUUCAACUGCCUCAGCAUGCUGGUGGCCACCGAGGUGUGCCGGGUGGUGAAGAAGAAGCAUCGGACUCGCAUGCUGGAGUUCUUCAUCGACGUGGCCCGAGAGUGCUUCAACAUCGGGAACUUCAACUCCAUGAUGGCCAUCAUCUCUGGCAUGAACCUCAGUCCUGUGGCGAGGCUGAAGAAAACCUGGUCCAAAGUCAAGACGGCCAAGUUCGACGUCUUAGAGCACCACAUGGACCCAUCCAGCAACUUCUGCAACUACCGCACAGCCCUGCAGGGGGCCACACAGAGAUCCCAGAUGGCCAACAGCAGCCGGGAGAAGAUCGUCAUCCCUGUGUUCAACCUCUUCGUUAAGGACAUCUACUUCCUGCACAAAAUCCACACCAACCACCUGCCCAAUGGACACAUUAACUUCAAGAAAUUUUGGGACAUCUCCAGACAGAUCCAUGAGUUCAUGACAUGGACACAGGUGGAGUGUCCCUUCGAGAAGGACAAGAAGAUUCAGAGUUACCUGCUGACGGCUCCCAUCUACAGCGAGGAAGCUCUCUUCAUCGCCUCCUUCGAAAGUGAAGGUCCCGAGAACCACAUGGAAAAGGACAGCUGGAAGACCCUCAGGACCACUCUCCUUAACAGAGCCUGAAGGCACGGAUGCAGCCUGCAGACGCUGGAUUAAGCACACCUACGUACUGAGUUUUAAUCUUGAGUGAUAAUGGGU